ACUUUUGCUCAGGCAGAAGCUGGUCACCCACUGUCACGUAAUUCAGGAGACUACUCAGCAACAUGGCGGCCACCGGUUCGAAGUCAGUUCUGUUCGUUUGUCUGGGGAAUAUUUGCAGGUCUCCCAUUGCCGAAGCUGUGUUUAGGAAAAUGGCAACAGAUUCUGGAGUGGUUGAUAAGUGGGUCAUAGACAGUGGUGCCACAUCUGACUGGAAUACAGGCAGCUCACCGGACACCCGUGGUCUGGCUUGCCUGAGGAAUCAUGGCAUUGAGACAAGCCAUAGGGCUCGACAGGUGACCAAAGAUGACUUCAUGAACUUUGAAUACAUACUCUGCAUGGACGAGAGCAACCUGAGUGACUUGAACAAGAAGGCCAAGUCUGUGAAAAACUCCACAGCAAAGAUCGAGCUUCUCGGUUCAUAUGAUCCUCAGAACCAGCGGAUCAUCAAAGACCCAUAUUAUGAGGGAUGAGGAUAAGCCUUGCAGCCGCCUUACAAAGCGCAUCAUUUCCUCCUUUAGGGUUUUGCUGUUCAUUAUCCAAAUUGGGUCAGUUACGUUCUGCUCCUCAACAGAUUGUGUACUAGGUGUGCAAAAUUUAAUAGCGAUCUCUAAUCUUGUGUUUUGUCAGAUGGCAACUGCACCCAAAUUAGUUCACAUAUUUGUGGUCUGAGCUUUUCCUCCAACAUCCAUCAUAAAGACUUGUGACACCACCUAUAGUUUGGAGCAAAAUUCUCCCAGCUGAGCAAUUUCACAGUAAUUUCACAGUAUUCAUACUCCUUGAACUUUUUUCACAUUUUAGCAUGUCAUAAACACAAACCUAAAUGUGUUCUAUUUAGAUAGUAUGUAAGAGACAAAGACAAUUUCAAUAGUUGUGAAGUAAAGGAACAGUGACUUUGUUUUGAUUUUUUUUUUUUUUUUUUUUGAAGUUGGCAUGUAUUUGCAUUUAGUCCCUCCAAGUCAAAAUGUUUUAAAACCAC